AUGUACACCAUUGACUUGGCGGCGGUCUUGCAGAUGGUGAAAAUCAAGCCGCACGAAGAGCUGCUGGCAGACGGAGCCCUCACUCUUUUCGAUGAGAACACGGGGCGCGCAGCUUUUGUUUCUCACCAGUGGGUGGCCAAGCAUCAUCCAGAUCCAGAUCACAGGCAAUUCCGAGUCUUACAAGAUGCCUUGCGAAAUAUCUUGUCGGGAGUCACGCAGAUUAGUGUGGACGUGAUCACAGAGCUCAUCAUUGGCAAGUCUCCGAAAAUGACACAUUCUUUGCAUCCGGCGGAUCUGUAUAUCUGGUACGACUAUUUUUCCUGCCCGCAGAAAGAGAAUGGGCGUGAUGCCAGCAAAAGGUAUGACAGUGAUCUGGCAAAAGCUAUCAGCAGCAUUCCAGCCUACAUCGCCAAGUGUCAGCUGAUGUUUGUUCUCUGCCCAGUCAUUGAAAGUCGUGAAGGGAGGACGGUAUUGGGACCAUCGAGUUGGGCUAACCGUGGGUGGUGCAGACUCGAGAGGCUUGCCAAGGAGUGUUCUGGAGAUGGCUCCUUCUUCAUGGUGAAGAGCGCCAGGCAUGUGGAGCUGGUCGUAACGUCCUUUGCAUCUUCCUGUGAGAGUUCUCCCGGUGAAGGCUGCUUCACGGUGGAAGAGGAUCGCUCAAACAUCGCCCCAGUGGUGAAGCAGGUGCUGAAGCAAAAGGUGAGUCAGUGCCUGCAGAAUGGAGAUUUGCCCAGCUACCGGGUGGUGCUGAAUGCGCAAGCUAUCCUUUGCAGAGGCCUUCCGAUGGAGACCAUCGCAGAUGUUGUCCCAGGCUUCGAUUCCUCCCAACAUGAGUCUGAUGAUGCUGGGUCCCUCUUGGUUGCGAAGUUCUUAUUCCAGAAUGGUUUUUCCCAGGUGUGUGAGUAUGAUGCAAUGGGAUGGUCACCGAUCUGCUACGCCGCUCUGAAUGGGCAUGCAGCAUUGGUGAAAGCUCUGCUGGAAAGGCGCGCCAACCCGAACGAUGAAACCAAGAAGGGGCAGCCGCUGCUGGCUCUGCAAAAGAUGGUGCCCGUGCUGGGCAUUUCUGCAUUUUUCAAGAAAAACAAUGCCAUGACGGUGCUCCUGGAGGCCAGAGCUGAUGUCAGUCCCAGAGGCUCGCGACCUCCGCCUUUGUGUCUUGCAAGCUUCGGGAACAAUGCGACCGGUAUACAGCUGCUCUGUCAAGCUCGAGCAAACCCGAACCGAAAGAAUCUUCUGGGUAUGUCUGCACUGCAGCAUGCUUGCGCAACAGGUGCUUGUGAUGCCAUCGAUAUGCUCCUGAAUAUAGGAGAGGGCAACCUUGAUCUGUCAGGCUCUUUGCAUGCUGCAGCCUUGCUUCACGGUGGGUCACAUACAACUAUCAGCAGAUUGCUUGAAGCUCGGGCAGACGUAGAUGAGCAAUUCCGUCCACGGCCUUGGGGCACACUUCAGCUGUUCUUCACCAUGAAAGGGUUGGAGUUCAGAUUGAAAAGACCUACAAGGUUGCGUACUCUGGGCUACCACCAUCGUGGCGCAACCCCACUGAUGGUUGCCUUGCUUGUCGGACAUUUCGAGGCGGCAGCGACACUCGUGGCGUGUGGUGCUCGGGCACACGUCGAAAACUCCAGAAAGAUUACUGCUGCAGAUCUCAUUAGUGAGGUGUCCACACCUGAGUUUCUGAAAGACGCUAGUGCAGGUGAUUUAGAAGACACUGUGUCGGUCUUGUCACAACUUCGCCUUCGAAGAGAACGCUCGAGCUUCAACCGCCGAGUGUCCAGUUUGCUCCUCAACGGGACCAGGAGGCGAGGAAGAAACUAA